AUGGGAAGCGACGACCAAAUGAGAGGUGGAUGGGUACCGGGUCUUGCACUAUGGCGGCGAGCUAUGAGACCUGAGUGGUCCGACCUUCCGCCCUACGUCACUCCACCAGCCCUCGACGGGAUUAUCGAUGUCGUUCCGGCGCCGGAAUGGAGUCCACCUACGUCUUGA